AUGCUGAUAGUGUUCGAUGCGCGCGUACAGCGAGUGCCCGUACUUGCUGAGAAAGAGAAAAAAGAACAUUCGUCAAAGAGAGAAGAGAAAAUUCGUCAACGAGAAAAGACAAUAUUCGUCAAAAAAACAACAUUCGUCAAAAAGAAAACAGAACAUUCGUCAAAGAAAAAAGAGAACAUUCGUCAAAGAGAAAAGAGGACAUUCGUCAAAGAGAAAAGGGAACAUUCGUCAAAGAGAAAAGAGGACAUUCGUCAAAGAGAAAAGGGAACAUUCGUCAAAGAGAAAAGAGAACAUUCGUCAAAGAGAAAAGAGAACAUUCGUCAAAGAGAAAAGAGAACAUUCGUCAAAGAGAAAAGAGAACAUUCGUCAAAGAGAAAAGAGAACAUUCGUCAAAGAGAAAAGAGAACAUUCGUCAAAGAGAAAAGGGAACAUUCGUCAAAGAGAAAAGGGAACAUUCGCCAAAGAGAAAAGAGGACAUUCGUCAAAGAGAAAAGAGAACAUUCGUCAAAGAGAAAAGAGAACAUUCGUCAAAGAGAAAAGGGAACAUUCGUCAAACAGAAAAGAGAACAUUCGUCAAAGAGAAAAGGGAACAUUCGUCAAACAGAAAAGAGAACAUUCGUCAAAGAGAAAAGAGGACAUUCGUCAAAGAGAAAAGAGAACAUUCGUCAAAGAGAAAAGAGAACAUUCGUCAAAGAGAAAAGAGAACAUUCGUCAAAGAGAAAAGAGGACAUUCGUCAAAGAGAAAAGAGAACAUUCGUCAAACAGAAAAGAGAACAUUCGUCAAAGAGAAAAGGGAACAUUCGUCAAAGAGAAAAGAGGACUAUUGGAAUAUGA